UUCAGAAAUUGAAGAGUUUCUCUGGAAUUGCUUUAUUCGUAUUUUGUGGUUGACCGAUCAAAGGCGCUCGUUGAGUAUUUGUUAUCUUGCAAGUGAACGGACGUAAUCCUCCUCUUUGAGUUUCAUCGUAGCUGCAAUAUGGGACCGAGAACACCAAUCAAAGUGACACUUGUUGGCUCAGGCAACUGGGGUUCAGCGAUUUCUCUGAUCGUUGGAAAAAAUGUGCAGAAAUACAAGGAUGUGUUUGAUCACCAAGUACGCAUGUGGGUCUAUGAAGAGAUAAUCAAUGGGAGGAAACUUACCGAAGUUAUCAACACGGAACAUGAGAAUAUCAAAUAUCUGCCAGGCAAAAAGCUCCCACCGAAUGUGGUGGCUAUACCAGACCUACUGACAGCUUGCAAAGAUGGUGAUAUACUUAUAUUUGUAAUUCCUCAUCAGUUUGUGGACAAUGUUUGCACACAACUGAAAGGUCAUCUAAAAGAAGACGCGCUUGUAGUUUCACUUAUAAAGGGUUUCAUGGUUCAGAAGAAGAAGGGUGGAAUUCGUCUGGUUACUGAAGAAAUCCGUGAUUUAUUGGGUGUUGAUACAGCUGUUCUGAUGGGUGCAAAUUUGGCUCCCGAAGUGGCAAAUGAAGAUUUUUGUGAGGCCACUAUUGGUUGUAAAGAUCAAAAGGAUAGAUGGUCGAUACUAAAAAAGUUGUUUGAUACUGAUAAUUUCAAGAUUGCUCUGACAGAAGAUGCAAACACCGUCGAAUUAUGUGGUGGCCUCAAAAAUAUCGUGGCAUGUGCUGCAGGCUUUGCUGAUGGUCUUGGUUAUGGAAGUAAUACAAAAUCAGCAAUUAUCCGUUUGGGACUUAUGGAAAUUACCAUUUUUGUCGAACUGUUUUAUCAUGGCUCGAACAUUCGGACAUUUUUUGAAAGUUGUGGUGUGGCUGAUCUCAUAGCAACGUGUAGUGCCGGCAGGAACCGUAAAAUAUGCGAAGCAUUCGUUAAAACGGGAAAAUCAAUCAAAGAAUUAGAACAAGAGAUGUUGAAUGGACAAAGUGCUCAGGGUCCUUUGACAGCAGAAGAAGUUUAUCUUAUGUUGAAGAAGCACAACAUGGUUUCAAGAUUUCCACUGUUCUCAGCUGUGCACCAAAUAUGCCAGGGGCAGAUUUCCCCAGAUCAUUUGGUAGCUCACCUUCGUGAAUCCCAAGGCUCGAAUUGAGAAACCAGCGGAUUUUUGAAACAUUUUGUUUGUUGUCUCUGUGGUUGGAGAAAAAAUUAAGCUCAGUGAAUCUAGUUUUUUUUUAUCUUGGACCUCCAUAUUUUACUGAUGCGGUUACCAUCACUUACACCCACUAUUUGUAUACUUUCCAGAAAUUAUUUAACAGUUUUAUUAAUCUCUUCAGUAGCUCCG